AAAUUUCUAUUGAAAUUAUUAUCAGUUAAAUCAUUUAUCAUUAUCGGUUUGCAAAUAACAAAUUCUCUUAUCAUAACAUAUCAUAUCUUAAAAUAUUUAAAUAUAUAUUCGAUUAUUGACAUAAUCGAUUUUAUCAUUGAUUUUAUUUUGUUUUCAUUAAAAUAAUCGAUUUAAUACUAACUUCGAAGCAUGGUUCGCUAAAUUAUGUGUUUUUUACUGAAGUUGCAAGAUGUGACGUAGGGGUUGACGUUUGCAACAAUCUUAUCAUUUUAUAUUAUUGUAUUUUAUAUGUUACAUAUCUUUUGAGAGAUUUAUUAAUCGGAAACAUAAAUCUCUAUCUUGUUGAUUAAAAAACGAAAAAAAUAAGGAAAUUAUUAUUAUGUGAAAUAAUAUCAAAUACAAAAUGGAAGUAAUCGAGAUUAAUACGAAAAAGCAACUUCGAACACCAAGAUGCGAGAAAUCAGAAUGUCCAUGUGAUAUAAAAGUAAAGAAAUCUGCUAAUUUUUCUAUUAUUGAAAUGAUAAAAUCGAUUAUUAUAUAAUUUUAUCAUUAAUAUUAUGCGUAUUUAGUGUAAAAGAAGAUAUGUUCAACCAUCACGAACAAAGUCAUUCGCCCCCGUAAGAACGUAUCAUCCACCUUCAAAGCUAUUUGAAACUAAUACAACGUAUCAUUUGUCAUAUUUAAACGUGGAUGAUGCGGAAAUGCGACGCAGCCGAUCUCAACCCAUCCGACCCAAACCUGCUCUCGUUAAAUCCGAUGCUCGUUUUCUCGCUGAAACAACUAAUCAAUUAAGUUACAAACUUAUUGAAGCUGUGCCUAAAACAAAACCAAUUUUACCCAAACAUAGACCGAUGAUUGGAACUGGUCCAAUGGAUUCUGUUACAACGGUUCGUCAAGAUUACCCACGUAAAUAUGUAGAGAAACAAGAACUUAUAGUGCCAUGCGGGAAUAUUCGUUUGAGUAGAGGCAAAUUGGAGGAUAGUACCACAGCAAAACUUUCUUAUAUGGAUCCAGGAUCCACUGAACCAACGGUUAAUUUUAAACCGAUAUCGGUUUAUUGUCCACCUAGUGAACCAAUUUUUGACGAUACCACGCAUAAAUUAAGUUAUCAGCCUGUUCCUAUUCAAGAAAGAGAUAUAUAUUCUUGGCAACAAAAACCUACUUACAAACCUCCAGACAUUGCGAUGUGUGCAAAAACAACGUAUUCUGAAAGUUAUUUGAAAAACGAAGAGUCAUGCAUAGAAAAACCUAUAGUGCCCUGUCCUGCCAAUGUAUUUCCUUAUGGCGGUGAAUUUCAUGAUAAAACUAUUUACAAAGAAAGCUAUUUGGAAUCGACCAUUGAUCGCGUGGAACCGAUUAUUCCUUGCAACGCUAUCACAAGAGCUGACGGCAAGAUAUCGGCAGACACAACGAGCAAAUUAAGUUACCAACCACUUCAAGCCGAGAAACGUUCCCCGAUAUUACCUCGAAGUAGAAAGAUGUUAGGUGAGGGCCCGAUGCGAUCUGACACUACCAGCCGUUGUGAUUUCGUGGAAAAGUCAACGCUACGACCUGAUCUUAUUGUUCCGUGCGAUAAUCUUCGAAGCGCUGAUACACCGAUCGAUGAUAGAACUACGACGAAAUUAUCGUACGCGAAACCAGGCCCGGUAGAAUUAGUUCAGAGUUUUAAACCUGUCAUUCAAUACAAAAGGUUUGCUGAAAAGGUUGAAUAUGAUACUAUAAACAAACUAUCCUAUCAACCUUGGACCCCUCUUCCUAAAGAAUUUAUACCUUGGGCAUCUAAGGAUAAAUAUCAACGGCCUACGGAUCCAAUGUGUACAGAUACUAUUUAUCAAGUUAGUUAUCCUGCACCUGGAUACUACGAAGAUACAUGUAUACCUGAAUGCGAUUGCUUACACAAAGAUGAUAAUCUGUUGGCCGAGGAUUGUUCAAAAUAAGUAAAAUAUUAGCAAUCUUAUUAGAUCAUGAAACUUUUGUAUAACUUUUUUGUUACAAGUUUAUGUUAUUUAUUUCUAUCUUAUAAUAUUUAUAAUAAAUAUUUAGAGAAAAAGUAUUUAAUUGUCAAAAUUUAAACCGAAACAUGAUUUAGGAAUCGAAUUAAAAACCUAUUUUAUUCUAUACGAACAUAUCUUAUAUAUUUUACAUUUAUAUAAUAAUUAUUGUGUAGAUGAAUAAAGAUAAUAAUAACGUAUAUCUUUUACAAACAGUAAGAUUGUUCUCGAUAAUAAAAUAAACUCUAAUUUUUAGAUAAAAGAUAAUAGACAAUAGAUUUGAAUAAUGAACAAUGUUAACGUUACAAUUAGAAGUUUACUUAUCUUUACAUACAUUCAUACAUACACAUGUACGUACACACACGCAUAUACAUAGUCAGGUACAUGCAUGCAUUCAUACAUACAUAAAUUCGUACAUACAUGAAUCCAUACGCGGUUACACACACAUAUAUAAUAUAUAUAUAUAUAUUAUAUAAUAUUUAUAUUAUAUAUAGUUAAUAUAAUGAGGAUAACGAUGCCUUCAAAUCUAUCCAAAAUGAAAUCUAAUGUACGUCGAUGGUUUAUAUACGCGCAACAAUUAAUUUUCAAUAGAUUACAUAAAUUACAGGGGAGGGUAUACAAUUAUUAGAAAACAAAUAACAUAUAUAUUUUUAAUUAGCGAUAAGAAUUUCUUAUGUUUAUAAAUCUAAUAUAUAAUAUUUACCGAAAAUUUUAUUUCGAUAAUUGGAAAAUACAUAUUUUUUUUUUUUCGUCGCAUUAAAAAUAUUACGCAUCAAAUAGAUUUCAUUCUUUCAAAUAUCUUUAAAUAAGUAACGUUUAAAUAUACAAAAUGUUUAAACGGUAGAAAAUACAUCAUUUCUUUAUCAAAUCGAACGAUGAGUGAAACGAAGAAAAAAAUAUUCAUACCAAAAAUAUGCAACUUGUCUUAAGAGUUUGUUAAAAAAUAUAACAAGCAGAAAUUCGAAGAUUUUAAGGCACAUAUUUAGGUCACACGAAUUGCAUGUUAUAUAUAUAUUCUAUAUUAACGUUGCACAACCCCCCUUUCUCAUUUCGAUAUUCUAGAUUAUUGGUAAAUUAAAAUUCUAAUUUUUUGUAAAUUCUCUAUUUACAUAACUGGACGCGAAAAUGAUUGUCUGUAUUUAUAUAUUCUAUGCGAUUAUUAUAACAAUUCUACUCUCCGUUGACAUCUAGAUCUCAUCAUUACUCACUCAUCAUUUUCUCCUUCAUAUCUUGUUUUUUAAUAAAUAACCAAAAAUUUUGCUAAGCUAUUAUAUAAUUACAAGUAAUUAUUAGAAACAAAAAGGAGAGCACAAUAUUUAUUUAAUGUUUUUACGUUUCUAAAAGAAAUAUCA